GAGUUUUAUAUGAGGUGAAGAGGGAAGUCAAGACACUCAAGAACAGAACAACUCAAGAUACAGGAAGAGAAACACAAUGAACGCAUAUGUGAAGACAAACACAUUCUACAUUUCAAUCUGGUUUUGGCUCAUUUUAGGUGUUGAAAGCUACAGUGGUUGGUCAAACCAUGUAUUAACUAUUUAUCCUGGAGGAUCUCUCACCAUCCCAUGUUAUUAUGACAAGAAAUACACACAGCAGAAGAAAUCCUGGUUCUCAGAGAUUGAUAAAACACACACAUACACAAACACAACAGAGCAGAAUCUGUCAGUAAUUGAUCAUCCUGAUCAGAGUCUCUUUACUGUGACUAUGAGAAACCUGCAGAACAAACACAGUGGAGGUUAUUAUUGUGUUGUGGAGACUGGAGAAAAAACAUCGAAUACAAUAUACAAGCCUUAUCUGAAGAUUCAGUCUACUCCUGAUGUAUCUUUGAUGAACAGCAGUGUCUCUGGACAUGAAGGUGGUGAUAUCAGUGUUCAGUGUCUCUACAGUUCUGGAUAUCAGAAUAAAGUCAAACGUUGGUGCAGAUAUAAAGAUCAGAGAUGUUACACAGUGGGGAGGACUGACACAUCCCAGAAUCCAUCAGUGCUGAUCAGUGAUGAUGAUGGGGGAAGAUCCUUCACUGUGCUGAUGACUGGACUGAGACGGACUGAUUCUGGCUGGUACUUCUGCUCUGCUGGAGAGGCACUGAAUCCUGUUCACAUCACUGUAACGGAGGCAGAACCAGGCAUUGUCAAUGACAAAGAUUUUUGCAGAAAUGAAACAAAAGACACAGAGGAGCCACAAAAUAAUGGACUCCUGAUUGUGUGGCUUCUUCCAGCUUUAGCAGCACUUCUGCUGUUCUUGAUUCUGGUCGGUGUUUUCACCUGGAGAUGGAGACGGAGACCCAAACAAGAUAAACCUCACAUCAGAGGGAGAAACAGCAGCAGAACCACUGACAUGGAGAAUGACAUAAUCUACUACAGCACUAUUGUUCAUGUUCCUGGGAGUGAAGCGAUGAAGUCUCCAGCAGGUGGAGCAAUAAACAGCAUAAUAUACAGCACUGUGGCUCCACACUGACAGCAACAAUGAGAACAACACAAGAACAGACCAAGAGAAACACAAUCAGACUGUCUGUCAUGAUUCUGCCUUAAUGUCCUUACUUUCCUCUAGUCUUGAGGCAGGAUCAUGACAGACCCGUGUUUUGUGUACAAGCACGUGGCCUUGUCUUUGGGCCAUGUGCUUGUGUUGUCUCGUUCCUUUGCCCCGCCCCCCUUGUUAUCCUAGUUUUGUCGUGAUUGCCUUAUCUGUGCCACCUGUUGUGUCUUGAUUAGUUUUCCUAUUUAUAUCCCUUAGUGUGCUCUGUCUUUUGUCGGUUCAUUGUUUCUACAGAAUUGUUUACAUAUUAGCUUGUGAGAUGUUGUAUUGUUACCCCUUGAAGAAGUCUCUGUAUUUCCCGUGAGUGUUUGUCUGUAGUUAGUUUUCUAGUGUUUUGAGUUUGUUUAUCGUGUCAACCCAGUCCUGCUAAGUUAUUUAGUCUCUGCCCUAGUCGUUGUUUCCCCCCUCGUGGGUUUUGUUUUCCCCUUUUGUCUUUAAUAAACCCUCUGUGUAUUGUAAAUGAAUGCACAGUUCACAACUAGCCUACUCUGUCAAAAAGUGAUCAAAUGGGAUUUUUUUUCUUAGCAGUAUGUAAUUCUACAUAUUGUUUUAUAGACUCGGUUUAAUUUCUUCAAUGUAAAAAUAAUUUUUUGCUUACUUGUAAAGUAUUGCUUUCUGUAACUUGCAUUAUUAUAAACACCUGCAUAUCUAAAAUAAAGUAGUGCAGUUGAAUGUGUGAAGAAAUAAUGACUAAUUUCCUUGAUUGACUGUCAUUGAUCUCGUCUGAAUGUUCAAGUGUUGCUUGUUCUUGUGUGUUUUUGCGGUUGUGUCACCUUUGUAUUCUUUUAUUAUCUUUUACAGGAAACUGUGCAGGCACAGUACUUAUGUUUUUAUGUACUUGAUAUUUUUUAGAUAAUAUAACAGACUGGAUAUACUCAGAUAUGUUGCGAUAUUUCACUGCUAUUAAUUGUUAUAAAAUUCUUUCAUAUUUUAAAAACAUGGACAAUUAAAAUUUCUUUAAUCAUCAGUUAUUUUAUUAAUCCUAUUUGCUUUUUCAAAAUUAUUUUAUACCAACCCCCAUGAAACCUCAGUUGGAAAAAUGAUUAAACACCAUAAUAAAAAUGUAAACUUAAACUAACACUUACAGU